ACACUGUACUUACCUAUAAAUGCGGCUGCACUAAGAUGUUUUGUCAGUUGAAGACAUUGCUGAGAGACAACAAUGCUACGCAAGGGUAUUACAGGGAGCUUUGGAGCUGCUAUCCACGGCCUCAACACCCCCCAGCUGACAGAUGGUGUGAUUAACAGGAGCAAAAGGAUGAUGCUGGACACCCUGGGCGUCGGGCUGAUAGGAACCAGGACAGCUGUCUUCAACAAGGCUCUCACAUACAGCCAGUUGUUCCGGUCUGACAAGAGGAGCAGUGUUUGGGGUAAAACAGAGCUAACUCUUCCUUCUCAUUACGCUGCUUUCGUCAAUGGCAUCGCGGUGCACUCCAUGGACUUUGACGAUACCUGGCACCCUGCGACUCAUCCCUCUGGAGCUGUGCUACCCGCCCUGCUGGCCCUGGCAGAGACUCUGCCAAGACAGCCCUCUGGUCUGGACCUGCUGCUGGCCUUCAAUGUCGGUAUCGAAGUGCAGGGCAGACUCAUGAGGUUCUCCAGAGAGGCCUACAACAUCCCUGAGAGAUUCCACCCUCCCAGCGUGGUUGGGGUGAUGGGUAGCGCUGCAGCCUCCGCUAAGCUCCUGGGUCUGUCCCCUGAGCAGUGCGGUCACGCUCUGGCCAUCGCAGCCUCCUCUGCUGGGGCUCCCCUGGCCAACGCCGCCACGCAAACCAAACCUCUGCACAUAGGAAACGCCUGUCGGAGAGGCCUGGAGGCCGCCCAGCUGGCCGGAAUGGGACUGGAGGGGAAUCCGGCCAUCCUGGAUAUGAACUGCGGGUUUGGGGUUUACUACAAGGACUACAGUCCUUCGGCAAUGGCAGUGCCUGCCUCUGCUGACUUCAGAUGGAUCCUGGAAGAUCAGGACGUGGCCUUCAAGCGCAUCCCCGCUCACCUGGGGAUGCACUGGGUGGUGGACGCGGCUCUGGCAGCACGUGCAAAGCUGGAAAACACAGUCGGGAACUUUGACCUCAGCCAGAUCAGGCAGGUCACACUCAGAGUGCCUCCAUCCAGGUACAUCAACUGCCCCUUUCCCGCCACGGAGCACCAAGCCAGGCACUCAUUUCAGUUCAACGCUUCCUCCGCCCUGCUGGAUAACAAAGUGACGGUGUCUUCCUUCAGCGGAGCUCAGAUCAACCGGCCUGCCCUGAAGGAGCUCCUGUCCAAAGUGGAGGUGGAGACCCCUAAAGACAACCCGCCCAGCUUCGACAAGAUGUACUGCGAGGUCGCGAUAGAGACAGAGCAGGGGCAGACUCACACAGCCAGAUGUGACACUUUUUAUGGCCACUGGAGGAAGCCAGUGAGUCAGGAGGACCUGGUGGAGAAGUUCAGCCUCAAUGCGUCCUCAGUGUUGUGCACAGAGGGGGUGGAGGGCGUGAUUGACGUCAUAGGGAACAUUGAGAGGGUGAGGGAAUACUCAAUCUUAAAUUCAUACCUGAGAAUGACAAGCAGUCGAGACGAGCAGUUAUACAGCACAGGGAGUUUGUGAUGAUACAUCAAACUUUUCCACAACAAUCACAGUGUAAAUAUUUGAUAUUCCUCAUUUUCUUCCAUGUGAGUGAGAAAUAAAGCACGCUGAGAAAGUGAACUUUAAAAUUUUAUUGCAUUUUUUUGUUUUUGUACAAUACCAUAGCUGCUAGCAUUGCCAACACGAUACCGAUCCACUGCAUCAGAAUAUAAUCCAGUAAGAUUGACUCACAGAGAUUUUUGCUAAAUAAAUCAGACCAUGUGGUGCACAUCACGACUACAAACAUGUUUCUGGAAGUGCUUUUGAUCAAGGGGUUAAGAUCGUUCUACCCCCCCCCUAAUUAUCUUCUCCACGCGAGUUUUGUUACAAUCAAGCGAGUUUCAGCACGUCCUGCACCAUCGCCCCGAUGCCAUCGAAUACCUCGUGUAUCGGAGCAUUGCACAUGAACGCAGAGGUGGUGACCAGCUUGUUCUUCUCGUCCACGUGGGUCUCGCGGACGCUCUUACUCACGUGCUUGCAGCCCAACUGGUUGAUGGCCGCCGCGGUGUCGGCAGUGUCGGGAUACCUGAGAGAGGAGAGAGAGCACAGCGUUUAGCUGAUCAGAAGGAGUCAAAUGUUUAUUUGUUACAAAUAGUAUGUGUGGUUAAAAGACAUGUGGCAUGCUCUUAGGGCUGUACGAAAGACUGCUGUGAAAAAUAGGAAUUAAAAGAAAUAAGGAUGUCAAUUUAAGAUGUAUAUAAAAAUUAUUUUAAAUAAAACAAUGAAUACACUCAAAUCAAAAGUUGCAAACAGUUUCUGAUUCUGUACACAAUUGUCUUGGCUUUAAUUUGGACAUAUUCUGAACUAUUUGUUCAUUGAGCAUCACUUUAUUUUCCC